AUGCCAACAUCAUCUUCGUUUUUAAGGCAGCUAAGUGGAAAACAAGGCUGGAAAUCCAAAUCCUGUAGGUGGGGAAUGAGCAACAACGUUGUUGGUGGGAAAAAAUGUGUUGGGUUUCCUGGGACAACCUUAGGAAGUCAGAGAAUGGAGCAAGGUGUAAACAUGUUUGGCAAUGAUGGUGGUGACUACGAAGACGAUGAUGGGUUGGUUCUAAGGAAGAGGGUGAUGGUUGUGGUGGACCAAAGUUCACAUUCUAAGCAUGCAAUGAUGUGGGCACUUACACAUGUUGUUAACAAGGGUGAUUUCAUUACUUUACUCCGUGUUAUCUCCCCAAUCCCAAAGUGUUCACACUCUUCUUCUUCUCUUGAUACCUCUCUUGAAUCACUUUGCAAGGCUUGUAAACCUCAGGUAGAAGUGGAAACAGUGGCAAUCCAAGGGCCAAAGCUGUCGACAGUGAUGAGCUUGGUGAAGAAGCUUGGGGUUUCAGUGUUGGUACUUGGUCAAAAAAGUCAAUCUCCUUUCUUAACAUGUCUCUGUGGGAAAAGCAACAAUGAAGAGUUUGUGGAGCAAUGUAUCACAAAUAUAGAUCGAAAUUGCUUGACCAUUGGGGUUAGGAAGCAGAGCAAUGGCGUCGGUGGCUACCUUAUCACCACUAGGUGGCUCAACAACUUCUGGCUCUUGGCUUAA